AUAUUUUCGAUAUUCAAAUUGAACUUUGUUGAUGAGAUAUUUAUCUUGCCUUUGCAGCUUCCUACAACACAUGCGAGGUGGGAAUGGAAAAGUGGCUUACAUUAAUACUGAAGGAACUUACUGAAAGAUUUGGGAUGGACCCAGGAGCUGUUCUUGACAAUGUAAGCAUCGAUAUCAGUAGAACUUUAAUUGAAUUUGUAGAAACAGAUGUUAAUUAUUGGUUAUUUUCUAUGAUGGCAAAGGUUGUUUAUGCUCGUGUAUACACAUAUGAGCAUCAGUACAAUCUGCUUCUUGGUUUGGCCGCAAAAAUCUCUGAAGAACCAUUCAGACUUUUGAUUGUGGAUUCUGUCAUUGCUUUAUUUCGAGUGGAUUUCACAGGGAGAGAAGAACUUGCUAAGUGCCAGGUUUAUCUUGAAAUAGCUAUUACCACUUAAAUAUAUAAAACCUUGCUUUUGAGUCGAUUCUCUUUCAUCAUAU